GAACCACUCAGCGCACGCGGUCGAGAUCCACCUCCAGCACCCGACGCCCUUGAGGUACCUGUCGGCGAAGGGGGAGGGGGUCCGACUGCCCGACUGCCGCUACCAAAAUUUAAUCGGCGUCCUUAACCCUACGUCGCUCCUGUUGUACGUUUAGCUUCAUCAAGGUGGAUGACGAGGUGAAUUUCACACUCGUUUUCACACACAACCCCGAGACUCUGAUGAACUUACUCGAACACUCGACCUUGAGCGUGAAUCUGACGGCCACGAGCGACGGGGUUGACAACACCAACAGCUUGAACAACGGCUACAGCAUCGCUGUCCCUACGGCGUUGGAAUCCGUUCUCUACACGGCCAGCGCCUCACAGACAGACACGAUGUCCGUCCGAGUCAACCAGUCCUCGACCAUGAUCGAGAUCGAGGAGGCGAGGGCCAAGGACAUGCCGGUGUCCGUCGAGCGCCUCGGGCCCCAGAUGCAGCACGAGUUCUUCCUCGAGAACCGAGGUCCUUCGCCGGUGAAGAACACGAAGCUGGAACUGUUGCUCCCGAUUUUCGCCAGCGGAAGGCAAGUCACUUACCUGUACCGACAACCCGUGAUUUCCGGACCCGCCAGGUGCUCGAAGCUGCCGAUAAAUCCACUGUCACUGGAGCCGCCAAGUCACGGGAACUAUCUCCCUACUCUCCCUCACUUGGCGCUGACGCAGGGGGAAGAAACAGCCUUUGUUGAAUGGGAGUCGGACGAGGUUCAAAGUCGUCGCAAGAGGGCACCGGAAGAACCUACCACUACAGACUACCCUACCACUCAAUACCUCAACACCGACUAUUAUACAGACUACCAGGACUACUACUACUACAGCUACAACUAUUACGGCAAUGCACCAUUUUCUGAGGGACAGGACACGCCGGCGACCAUCCCAAAUAGUGACAGGGCUAAACCACAAAGCCAGAACGACUCGCUUCAUAAACUGAUAUUCUGCGAUGAGCCCAGAUGCAGAAUAACGUGUGACAUACCCCUGCUCCCGGCCGAAGAGAGAGUCAGAAUUAUCAUACCAAGUUAUAUAGCCAUAAGAGAACUCGAGCAGCUUGGAUAUCGCAUGUUUCGGCUCCUGUCUGCUGCUCGUGUGAAUGUCAACCAGAGGGGCAAUAUACUGAUUAAUCCCAUUGCUACUGCAGAGACCUAUGUGGCUCUCAUUAGCCCUCAGAGCAUGGGCUUCGAUUCCAUUCCGCUGUGGAUUCUCCUGCUGGCGAUUCUCUUCGCUCUGGUCAUCAUCCUGCUCAUCAUCGCAGGGUUGUGGAGGGCUGGCUUCUUCAAGAGGAACCGCCCACCUACAGGAGAAAAGAGAGAAAGUCUUAUACAUCAGGACUUCGCUAUUUGUAGACCUGACACAGACCUCGACGAGCUGCAGCCUCCACAGAACUCGACGUAGGCAGUUGCAGGACGCUCAUUGCAGACUGUUGCAGGAUAUGACUGAGCGGAGAGGGAAAGGAGACAGAGAGAGGAUGUGGAUGAGAGCACUCAGGAUGGAAGGGAAAUAUGGAAGGAAGUGGAUGAGAGAAAUGUUAAGAUGUGGGUUUGAUGAUGAUGAUGAUGAUGAUGAGAGGAGGAGGAAGAGGAGGAAG